AUGCAGGGAAUCACAGAUUAUAUCGGCCAGCUGCCGCAGCCGGUCCAGCUCGUCCUGGCCAGCGUCGGCGCUCUCUUCCUCGCCAACAAGGCCCUCGCUUAUGUCAAGUUCCUGCUCGGCGUCUUCGUCCUUAGCGGCAGCAACCUUCGGAAGUAUGGCAAGCCCGGCACCUGGGCAGUCGUGACCGGUGCCUCCGACGGCCUAGGCAAGGAAUACGCCUACCAGCUCGCCAGCAAGGGCUUCAACCUCGUCUUGGUCUCCCGAACCCAAUCCAAGCUCGAGACCCUCGCUCACGAGCUUGAGGCCAAGUUCUCCGGCAAGGUCCAGGUCAAGGUCCUCGCCAUGGACUACGCCCGCGACGACAGCGCCGACUACGACCGCCUCGCCCAGCUGAUCACUGGCCUCGACGUCGGCAUCCUCGUGAACAACGUCGGCCAGUCCCACAGCAUCCCUGUCCCCUUCGUCGAGACCGCCCGCGAGGAGCUCCAGAACAUCGUCACCAUCAACUGCCUCGGCACCCUCAAGACCACCCAGGUCGUCGCCCCCAUCAUGCAGAAGCGCAAGUCCGGCCUCAUCCUCACCAUGGGCUCUUUUGCCGGCUGGAUCCCCACGCCCUACCUGGCUACGUACUCCGGUUCUAAGGCCUUCCUGCAGCACUGGAGCAGCUCUCUCGCCACCGAACUCAAGUCAGACGGCAUCGACGUGCAGCUUGUCGUCAGCUACCUCGUGACGACCGCCAUGAGCAAGGUCCGCAAGACGAGCGUUGCGAUCCCCAACCCCAAGAACUUUGUCCGUGCGGCACUCGGCAAGGUCGGCACUGGCAUCUACCAGAACUUUGCGUACACCUACACGCCGUGGUGGACGCAUGCUCUGAUGCUGUGGAUUGUUGAGAACACUAUUGGCGUCGCCCACGAGUGGGCUCUGGCCGUCAACAUGAAGAUGCACGCUGAUAUCCGCACCCGUGCCCUUAGGAAGGCGGCUCGUGAGGCCAAGAAGGCCUAA